CGACAAAUCGCAGCACCGCCGUCUUGAUCGCUGCCUCACCAGCAACCACCGUCAGUUUAGCAUCCAGCUGGCUAAGAAGCUAACCUACAGAAACACAGAAAUAUCUGUUCAGCUUUUUGGUUAUGUGUUUCGUUUGAAUUCGCUGAAGUUACCAGUCGUCCAAGCGAUUAAAUCGAAGGUCCGGUCGAAGAUGCAGUUCAUGCUGUUGUUCAGCCGGCAGGGAAAGCUGCGGUUACAGAAAUGGUAUGUGCCUCUGUCUGACAAAGAGAGGAAGAAGAUCUCCAGAGACCUGGUCCAGACCAUACUGGCCAGAAAGCCCAAGAUGUGCAGCUUCUUGGAGUGGAGGGACCUCAAGAUUGUGUAUAAAAGAUAUGCAAGCCUGUAUUUCUGCUGUGCAGUAGAGGAUCAGGACAAUGAGCUGAUUACCCUGGAGAUCAUCCAUAGAUAUGUGGAGCUACUGGAUAAAUAUUUUGGAAGUGUGUGUGAGUUGGACAUUAUCUUCAACUUUGAGAAGGCCUACUUCAUCCUGGAUGAGUUCCUCCUGGGUGGAGAGGCCCAGGAGACGUCCAAGAAGAACGUGCUGAAGGCUAUCGAGCAGGCUGACCUGCUGCAGGAGGAGGCUGAAGCACCACGGAGUGUUUUAGAAGAAAUUGGACUGACAUAAAUCAUCAGGCCGCUGCCUCGCAGAUCUGGAAAACUCCCCGUCUCUAUCCUGUCUUUUCCUAGUCACGGUGUCAGUGUUGUAUGUAUAUAAUCACCAUCUAUGUACUGUAUUAUUCUGUACUGUACUAUCCUGUAAUGUCCUUUCAAUGUGGUGCCAACUGUGGUUUUAAUGUGUCUCCUAUGUACAAGCUCCCACACUGUAUUCUGCAGUACUAUCAGCAAACUUCACUCCCCUAACUUCUUAAAAACUCCACAGAGUACAAUGUAGCGACGACAUGAAAACUUCAGCAUCAUGUUAAGAUCAUCCAUCAUCGCUGGUUUCAGAGUUCUGUAUGUGCUGUUUGGCUUAAAACGACUUUCUGUGGUGCUGUUGAAGCUCCAUUUGGCGUAUUACCAUAACAUCAAGUCACAGAGCUAAGUGUACGAUUUCAAGACACGUGAGUAUUCAGUGAUCACUGAAAAACCCAGAAGACCUUUGUUCUGAAUUCGUUUCCACAAUCCUCUUGGACUUUUCUAUCCAUCUGAAUGGAAAAAAAAAAAAAGUUUUGUCCACUGUGCUAACCCAGGAAGGUGGAAAGAACACAUAUCCUCUUACAAGUCCGGUUCACACACAAAUUGAGAAAGGAGGUAUGUAAUUUUUGGGCUAUUAUGUUUGGAUUACAAAACAGGUACAACUUUGGAUGCGGGUUAAAAAAAAAUCAGUAUUUUCAUGCAAUGGACAGAAUAUUUGUUUCAUCCAUAUGGUUAGAGGAGACUUUGAAGACUUCAGAUCAGCCCUAAGUGUUGCCAAAUGACCUGACCUGAGGUAUUUAUUUUUCAUCUGAUGUCCAGCUCUGUGACUCAAAAGUAAUGGUAACUCAUGAGCGGCUGCAACUGGGGCUGGUGCUGUUAUGGGAACCACUGAUACUGUUACAAUCAUUUAUACUCGGGUUAAUUUAUACGACAAAUUCAGUGAAAUUAAACAAGACCUGUAAUCGGUGUCAGUGUACACCUCAAGUCGGUUUAUGUUUGGUGAUUCUUCUCCAGGAAUUAACCAUUUCGUAUUUCUUUUUAAAGACCAGUUGUUUGUCUUUGGUAAAUAUUUUGUGUAGUUAGUGUCUUGUUUGUUUAAACUGUCAUUCUGUUCUUUGUUUUUCUGCCAAUUGACUAAUUUUCCUGACGUUUAACACUUAAGUUUGUAAUGGCCUCCAGAGAUAAAUCUCAGGUCAGUCUAUUAGUCUUAGGUCAGGAUAGGAUGGUAAACCCAAAUAAAAGAGACACUUAUUUUAUGUAAUAUGAUAGUUUGGCUUACUCUUUAAGACUAACAUAUGACCAAAGAACACUGUGUUUUACCUUCUCAGUGGUGUCUGUGGAAGGCUAGCAUGACAUUAAAAGGGAUUUGGAACUGCAGGGUGUGUGAUGAAACGGAGAUUGUUUGGCCACAAUACACCAGUAUUAUGUAAUUAUUUCAAUGCAGGUCAGUACCGAGUUUCUUUAUGGGGUAGGAACGGACGAAGAUGAACUGCACAUAUCAGGGUAAACCAUUCAUAUUCAUCACUGUCAGCUUGUUCACUUGUCAUUAGAAUGCAAGAAAACAAGCCAACAGGUAAAGAACUGAUUCUUAUCCCAAAUUGUAUGGCAGUCACAUUUUUUUAUCUGCUGUCUUAAAUCUUCAAAGUGUUUUUGUUGAACAUUCAUAACUAAUUAUUUAAGUUCAUCUUUGAUUUGAGCAAAAAAAAAAAAACAACAAAUGACUUUUGUAUUGAACACUGCCAACGCAUAUGCCAACAUUUUUUCUUAUAUUUGAAAGUUAACAAUAAAUGUACUGAAAAAGAAAA